GCGCUAUGUACUGUAUAUUGUAAUAAUAAGAAUAAGCUGACGUAGUAUCUAUAAAUGGAAUUUGGAAUGGAAUUCCAGUUUCGUAAAGGUGACGGAAGGAAUAUAAGGGAUUCUUAGAUGGCCGGAGUUCUAUCGAGACCAGAGGAUAUUCAGAAUUAUUUUCGCAAAGAGAGAGGACGACAACAGGGAAACAGCCAUACUUCAGUAAGUACGUCACGUACAAAAUCACCAAGAAAUGGAGACAAACAAUCUAAGUGUGAUACCUUGGGAAUACUAACUGAUAAACCAAAACAUAAACAGUACGGUACUCUACAGUCACGAAUUGGUUCAUUCGAAAAUUGGCCACAUAAUAAAACACAGGAGAUAAGGCAGUUAGCUGAAGCUGGAUUUGGGUAUACAGGAGUAGACGACUCUGUAAGGUGUUUUUAUUGCAGUAUAGGACUUAGAGAUUGGCCUGAAGGAGCUAGUCCCUGGGAACAACAUGUUCUUGCCAGCCCCAACUGUGGUCACGUAAUUAAUUGUAAAGGUAAAGGCUAUAUCAGAAAGAUUCUUGGAGAAAGAGACCAAGACUCUGAUGUUGAUGUAGAUGAUUCAGAUGAAAUAGUGGACACUGUACAGCUAGCUAUAAAUAGAAACGAAGAUGCUGUUAUUGUUGCAAGAGAAUAUUGUACAGAUGAAGACAUCUUAAAAAGGGCAAUAAAAGCAUUGAUCAAGCAAGACGCACAGAAAAAAUUCUCAGCUGUCGAACUUGUAAAAGUUAUACAAGAAAUUGAGGAAACAAACGAAACUGCAAACGCGACAUCAAAGCUUACCGAUGACGAAGAGCAAGACGAUACAGAAACAGACGAUGAAGGAUCUGAAGAAGAAGAAGAGGAUAUGGAAGAAACAAACAGAAAACUAAAGGAGCCAGUAACUUGCAAAAUAUGUUAUGAUGCAAUUGCAUGUAUUAUUACGUUACCAUGCGGCCACAUGGUUUGUUGCUCCCAAUGUAUUUCAGCACUAGCUAAAUGUGCAGUCUGUAGAACCCAAAUAAAAGGCACCGUCCGAGCUCUGAUGGCUGUUUGAAAUAAUAUACUAAUACAUGAAAUUUGCUGAUUUUGAUAAAGAAAGAGGCUGCUAAAGUUGAUAGCUUUCUUUCAUUUUCAAUCUUCAAGUUUCUCAUACUUUAAGCAUCACUACAUAGAUAUAACUUACUUUUCGGCAAGUAAAUAUCUGAUAGCAUUAAGGUUUGUGAAAAAGCUUAUUUAAUAAGUAAAGUUUCUUAAACAUUUGUCUAUGAUUUCGUAAACAUUUUGAUUAAACUAAUUUUUAUGAAUUUUUCGAAUAAAAACUGCAACGAUUGCUCGAAUUAAAUUUCUGUUAUCAUUGAAAUAAAUUUAAUCUAUUUUUUGGAUUAUUCGAAAACAAAUGAUCUGUUUCUAAGUUUAGACUAUUUACUACGCGUUGUUUGCCCAAUAAUUACUUAAAUAUAAAUGCACAAUAAAGUCAUUGGAGAGGUAAAUCGAUUUUGUGCACGUGAUAUUUGAUAUAUUUCUGUUAUUCGAUAAUCUAGUACCUAAAUGUAAUUGUGUCAGUAUAUUCUUAAUAUGUGUACAGAUUUCGAAAGUAAUUUUCUGAAAGUUCUGUGGAAGACCAGGAAGACGUGUAGUGUCCGUCCGUCCGUCCAUCACAUUUUCUUUGUGUACUCGACUCCUCCUAUUAUUAUGUCUCCCACCACACAGUGGUAUGGGAGACAUAUUGAUUUACUCCAGUCUGUGUGUGUGUGUGUGUCUGUCACAAAGCUUGUCCGCACUCUAAGUCUAACAUUUCUCAUCUGAUUUUCACAAAACUUAACCAAAAUGUGUUUGACCAUAAGACCUUGGCCAAGUUCGAUAACUAGCCAAAUCAGUCCAGGCAUUUUGGAGUUAUUGCCCUUGAAUAACCAAAAAUCGGCCUUUUUACUGUUUUCCAUCCUCUAAGUCAAACAUUUCUCGUCCGAUCUUCACCAAACUUGAACAAAAUGUGUUUAAUCAUGAGGACUCGGCCAAGUUUGAUAAAUAGCUAAAUUGGUCCAGGCAUUUUGGAGUUAUGGCCCUUGAGUUACCAAAAAUCGGCCUUUUUACUCUUGCCCGCACUCUAAGUCAAACAUUUCUCGUCCGAUCUUCACCAAACUUGAACAAAAUGUGUUUGACCAUGAAACUUCGGCCAAGUUUGAUAACUAGCUAAGUCGGUCUAGGCAUUUAGGAGUUACGGCCCUUGAAUUACUGAAAAAUCGGCCUUUUUACUCUUGUCCGCACUCUAAGUCAAAGAUUUCUCAUCCGAUCUUCACCAAACUUGAACAAAAUGUGUUUGACCAUGAGACCUCGGCCAUGUACGAUAACUAGCCAAAUCGGUUUAAGCAUUUUGGAUUUACGGCCCUUGAAUUACCGAAUAAUCAGCCUUUUUACUCUUUUCCUCUCUCUAAGUCGAACAUUUCUCAUCCGAUUUUCACCAAACUUGAACAAAAUGUGUUUGACCAUGAGACCUCGGCCAAGUUUGAUAACUAGCCAAAUCCGCCCAGACACUUUCGAAUUAUGGUCCUUGAAUUCCUGAUUGGAUCCACUCGUCCAGACCAUCUUCUUGGAUCCACUCGUCUAAACCAUCUAGAGAAACUAGACAGUUUUCAUAGGGGCAGUUGUGGGAGACAUGCGCUUUUCUCAAAAGCAUCUCUAGUUUCAAUCGGAUAUAAAGAUAAACCUUCAUACGUAUAAGGUGGACAUACGCAUAUUUUCGGAACUUUAAUAUUCGAUCAUUUGACGUUGAGUUAUGGCCAUCAUGGAUUUGUACUUUAUUAUAACCACACAUGUACCGUGUGUGCUCAGUCACUCCUACAUUUUGCAUUACUUUAAGUUGAAACUGGUAUACAUCAUCAAUGACAAAUGAUGGAGUUGGCAUACACAACUUGUGGGACGUUUAUAGCCACUGGUUAUUUUUUUAGUUAUUUGGACUUUGAAAUGCUCCAUCUCUACCUUGUGUGCUCAACUCAUCUUGCAGUUUCUAUCCAUUUAAUGUGCCAAUUCAAAUGAAAACAAAAUGAUAUAAAUCAUUUAUAUUUAUAUUAAGUGUACAUGCACAUACACAAGAAGUCGAGUGGUAAAUGUCGGAGUUAAGCUCAUAUGAUUAAAAAAAUAUCGAGGUAUCACGAGGUUAUUGCCGGCGUUGACGUUACUUAAGAUGUUUGUUUAGUUUCACUUUUUUAUUGAGGGGGCCUCCGUGGCCGAGUGGUUAAGCUCGCUGACUUCAAAUCACUUGCCCUUCAUCGAUGUGGGUUCGAGCCUCACUCGAGGCGUUGAAUUCUUCAUGUGAGGAAGCCAUCCAGCUGGCUUACGGAGGGUCGGUGGUUCUACCCAGGUGCCCGCUCGUGAUGAAAUAAUGCACGGAGGGGCACCUGAGGUCUUCCUCCACCAUCAAAGCUGGAAAGUCGCCAUAUGACCUAAAAUGUGUCGGUGCGACGUUAAACCCAACCAAAAAAUAACUUUUUUAUUGAAACCUUUAAGAUGGUAUUCUAUAUUAACAUUUUUCAGGUGACGUGUAUCAAGGCUGAUAUUUUGCAUUGCUUAUCGGUUCAUUAGAUAUUUGAUAGGUAUAAAUUGAACUUUAAAUAUUGAAAGUAUACAGCAUUUUCAAAGUGUAUUGUUUGUAUCAUAUUGUCUCAAAAUCCUGUUUGACUUUACAUAUCAUUCGCUCUCCUGUCACAGACAUUCAUGUUUCUUCGCAUUGGACUAUUUUAAUAUGUAUUAAAAUAUUUAAUUGACGAGGACAGCAUUGCCCUUUUUACUUCGUUAAUAUCUUUAUCUGUCCGAAUAGAUUUUUUUUCUAAC